UCUUCAUGAAAGAUUCAAUCUCAUUUCACGCCGUUUCUCGAGUCUGAUGACUCUUAUCCUUGUCAAUAUAAUAUUUUCGAAGAAAUUUUCUGCAUAUAACAAUAAUUAAAAUAAGGGUAGAAAUCUGUGGUGUUCAUAGGCACCAGAAGGAUUUCAACUUUUUCAAGUAAAAGAAACGGAGGCUUCUAGUCGGAUGUGAAGGUCUCUGUGGUUUUUCCGAUCCUUGCCUUGUUAACUGCGUCUAUAUAAAAGAUAGGCGAACGCUUCUACCAGUCUGCAUGCACUCAGCGAACCACCCUUGUUUCAUCCUCCCUCUCACCUCGCACCAUUUCCAAGGAUACGCAGAGAGGAAUGACCCCCAAUUGAAGCCCCCGUCCUGAGUAGCAAGACUACUGCCAUCUUCGUCUGGGUAGUGGGUAGAUUAACCCCAUUGCCCACGAUGAUUAUUGGCAUGCCGUACACCAAUCAUUGAUCGACAGUGCCCAAGUACUUGGCUGCCUUCACCGAGAAAGAUCUUCUGGUUUUGGGUGCUCAGAAUUUUGGUUCAGUAAGACCAAAGGAGGAUGGGUGUUCUCUCCCACAAGAUAGACAGAACCGCCCUCAGGGCCGGAGAUCAUAUCUAUUCGUGGAGGGCCGCGUAUACGUACUCCCAUCAUGGCAUAUAUGUUGGUGGCAACAAGGUUGUUCACUUCACUCGUGCAGUAGAAUCAGGACCAAAUGUUGGAGGCUUCAACUCUUAUUCAUCUAGCAAGGAAUCUGGCUGUCCCAACUUCCCUGACUGUGGAUUUAGGCUGCCAAACAGUGGAGUAGUCCUCACAUGUUUGGACUGCUUUCUUGGCAAGGGCUCUUUGUACCUCUUUGAAUAUGGAACUCCACCACCGGUAUUCAUAGCCAAGAUCAGAGGUGGCACAUGUACUACUGCACAAUCUGAUCCACCUGAAACAGUGAUCCACAGAGCAAUGUAUUUGCUUCAGAAUGGGUUUGGGAACUACAAUGUUUUCCAGAAUAAUUGUGAGGAUUUUGCUCUCUACUGCAAAACUGGUUUGCUCAUCAUGGACAAGUCUGGUGUGGGAAGAAGCGGCCAAGCUUCAUCGCUGGUUGGAGCUCCAUUGGCUGCAGUCCUGUCUUCUCCCUUCCAGUUCUUCCUGGCAAGCCCCGUUGGGGUUGCUACAGUCACUGCUGGAAUGUACUGCAUGAGCAGGUAUGCUACAGACAUCGGCGUCAGAACUGAUGUUGUGAAGGUGCCAGUGGAGGAGAUGACGGCCAUCAUUGGCCAUGGUAGCUCAGGUGAAGCAGGUUUGGCCAUCAAGGAGAAAUAACUAACAGAAAAACUAAUCUAGACAAACACAACAAUAUCUUGAUGGGGUUACUCUUAAGGUCAACGUCUUUCAUCUGUUAUAUUCGCUCUGCAUGAAUAAACUGAAAUAGGGUCUUAUGCACAAAAAAUUCUUCUUUGGGGUUCUUGGUUUGUCUUUUGAAUGCUUCAAUUUAAUCCGUCUAGAAUGUGGGAAACGCUUUUGAAUCCCGUAUGGUGCCUUGGCUGCUCCUGUUUAGACUUAUGACAUAAUAAUGGUUGAUAACCAGGUAAUUUCUUGUCA